CUUAACAUUACUUCGCGGGCUUACUCUAGCAAACUCAAUCACAGAAGCAAAACAAGAGAGAGAGAGAGAGAGAGAGAGAGAGAGAGAGAGAUAGAGAGAGAGAAUUAUGGGUGGAGUUUAUGUAUAUGUACUGAUCUUUCUUCUUAGUAGUCUUUUCUUGUUUCUUUUCAUGAAAAGAAACGAACCACCCCAGAAACGAGCCAAGCUUCCUCCUGGCUCAAUGGGUUGGCCUUACACAGGCGAGACUCUCCAACUCUACUCUCAAGACCCAAACACUUUCUUUACUUCCAAACAGAAAAGGUACGGCGAGAUUUUCAAAACCCAUAUUCUGGGCUGCCCUUGCGUGAUGCUGGCGAGCCCAGAAGCGGCGAAGUUCGUGCUGGUCACACAGGCUCAAUUGUUCAAGCCCACUUACCCAAAGAGCAAGGAGAGAUUAAUUGGGCCGUCGGCGCUUUUUUUCCACCAAGGAGACUACCAUCUGCGACUGAGGAAGCUCGUUCAAGGCCCCCUUGCCCUUGACGCCAUUAAAUGUUUGGUCGCUGAUAUCGAGGCCUUGGCUGCCUCUGCCUCUCGCUCGUGGGUCAGUGGCGGAGUUAUUAACACCUUCCAUGAAAUGAAAAUGUAUUCUUUCGAAGUAGGUAUACUAUCAAUUUUUGGACAUUUGGAGAAUCGUCUUAGAGAAGAACUCAAAAAGAACUACUGCAUAGUGGACAAAGGCUACAAUUCAUUCCCUACCAACAUCCCAGGAACUUCUUACAAGAAGGCACUAUUGGCUAGAAAAAGGCUAAGUAAGAUACUGAGUGAUAUUAUUUCGGAGAGAAAGGAGAAGAAGUUGAAUGAGAAGGAUUUGUUGGGUUGCUUAUUGAACUCAAAAGAUGAUAAAGGAGAGGUCUUAACGGGUGAGCAGAUAGCGGAUAACAUAAUAGGAGUGCUUUUCGCUGCACAAGACACCACGGCUAGCGUCAUGACUUGGAUUGUCAAGUACCUUCAUGAUGAGCCGAAACUUUUAGAGGCUGUCAAGGCUGAACAGGAGGAGAUUCGUAGAAAGAAUGAGGAAAAUAACCAGCCGUUGACUUGGAGUCAAACUAGAAACAUGCCGGUUAGUUACAAGGUCGUUUUAGAAAGCUUGAGGAUGGCGAGCAUUAUAUCUUUUACUUUCAGAGAGGCAGUGGCUGAUGUGGAAUAUAAGGGAUAUCUGAUUCCGAAAGGGUGGAAGGUGAUGCCUUUGUUCAGAAACAUUCACCACAAUCCAGAAUUUUUUACUGACCCUCAAAAGUUUGAUCCCUCAAGAUUUGAGGUCGCACCCAAACCCAAUACAUUUAUGCCAUUUGGCAGCGGUCUUCAUGCUUGCCCAGGAAAUGGACUUGCCAAGCUGGAAAUACUAAUUAUGGUCCACCAUUUAGUCACUAAUUUCAGGUGGGAAAUAGUGGGAUCGGAAAGCGGAAUUCAAUAUGGCCCAUUCCCAGUGCCUGAGAAAGGACUACCAGCCAGAUUUUGGAGAGAAUAUAUCACUAGUUAAGCUCUAUAAUAUCGCUACGAAAUAAAAAAUAAAAAAUAAAAGGAAUAAUUCUCCUUUUCCCAUUUUUAGUCUAUUAUUUUCGCUGGCUGUUUUCAUAUGCCUUUCCCCAAUUUUUCUUGCCCUCACUUGCCAAAAUUAUCUGGGGGUUCGCAGAUAAAUAUAUGUAUA